GCCAGUCGCCGGCUGCAGGAGGAGGGAAUUUUCGGUCGCUCCGGAGACGGAGGGCUUCCCCUGGAUGGUUGCAGCAGAGGGAUCAUGACGGGGAAGAAAUCUUCCCGGGAGAAGCGGCGCAAACGUAGCAGUCAGGAAGCAGCCGCGACGGUCGCGGCCCCGGACCUCGUCCCCGCCCUGGGUGGCAGCGGCAGUGGCAGCACCAGCGGCUGCGGGAGCACGAGCGGCUGCGGGAGCGUCAGCUGCUGUGGGAACUCCAGCCUCACUGGCAGUGUCACCGGCGGGGGCAGUGGGAGCAGCGUGGAGCGCAGCGAGCGCCGGAAGCGGAGGAGCACCGACUCAUCUUCCAGCGUCUCGGGCUCCGUGCAGCAGGAGAACAAAUGUCUUUUGCCAACUUUGGAAAAAGAAUUACUCUUAGCAGAACACAGUGAUCUUGAAGAAGGUGGAAUGGACCUGACUGUAUCAUUAAAACCAGUUAGUUUCUAUAUAUCAGAUAAAAAAGAAAUGCUGCAACAAUGCUUCUGUAUUAUAGGAGAGAAGAAAUUGCAGAAGAUGCUUCCUGAUGUGUUAAAGAACUGUUCAAUAGAAGAAAUUAAAAAGCUAUGCCAAGAACAGUUGGAGCUGCUGUCUGAAAAAAAAAUCCUGAAGAUUCUUGAAGGUGAAACUGGUAUGGACUCUGAUAUGGAAGAGGCAGCAGAUGAUGGCUCUAAAAUGGGAUCUGAUUUAGCCAAUCAGCAAGAUACCUGUAUGGAUUCUGCUUCAUCCCUGAAAGAGAACAAGCAAUCUGAGGGUUUGGAAUUAAAACAAGGCAAAGGGGAAGAUAGUGAUGUACUCAGUAUAAAUGCAGAUGCUUACGACAGUGACAUAGAAGGCCCCUGCAACGAAGAAGCAGCUGCUCCUGAGGCUUCAGAAAAUACAGUCCAAAGUGAAGCUGGUCAGAUAGAUGACCUGGAAAAAGACAUUGAAAAAAGUGUGAAUGAGAUUCUGGGACUGGCUGAGUCUAGCCCAAAGGAACCAAAAGCAGCCACCCUGACUGUUCCUCCACCCGAAGAUGUUCAACCAUCUGCACAGCAGCUGGAGCUGCUAGAACUUGAGAUGAGGGCAAGAGCGAUUAAAGCCCUCAUGAAAGCUGGUGAUAUAAAAAAGUCAGCCUAGUUAUUUAAUGUGAGUUUGAAUUUUGAGUGUGUUUGAAUGAAGCCAUGCCAUACAAUUUUGUAUCUGAAGUUUUCUUUGUAUCUUACGUUUCUCAUGUAACCCUUAUUAGGUGAACUCAUCAUAGGACUAAUAGAUCCAUGGUUAGAUUUCUUUGGUUUCUUUUGUAUUGUAGACAUGUGUUACUGUCUUUCAAAUUCAUGGCAAAAAUAGUUGGAUAGCCUGGAUACUUUAUUAGGUGAGUAUUUAGCUAUGUCUGCCAAUUAAUACCUUAGAAACCAUUAGCAAUGAGUCAUAUUUUUUUUCCUUUACUUUUAGAUGUUUUGGCACCAAACUUAAGAGCUUAAGAAAGAUUGACUAAGCAUGUUUCUGUACCUAUAUUUUGCAAUAAAAUGUUAAAUUAUUGCUCCUACAUUUGUUCACAGUUUAAGAAAUUUAGUUUUAUUUAUAUUCACUUUUAAAAUAUGUACCAUUUUGAAGAUGCCUUCUGUGGAUGUGGAUUUCCUGGUUAAAACUGAGUAACAGCUUUUGUUAAAAGACAAAAAGAUCUGAAAUGGCGGAGAAAAACUUUUUUAUAAAAGGAAGAAUGAUUUAAUUUUAGGCAAUUUUUAACAAUGUAUAACUAAUUGCCCAUGUAUAAUUCUAGCAGACAAACUGUUCUAAUAGGUAUUUGAUACUAUUGGACAUUUUGUUCAAGUUUUUUCUUCAAUAAAAAAGGAGCAAAUUUUCAUUUACAUUCCUAGCUGUCAGGAAAGGGGAAUCUUUUAUUGUACAAGAUUUUAUCUGGUAUUGUUACUUGAAGAUCUGAUGUACUAUAAUUCCAUGAAUCAAAAUUAAUAAAUGUCUAUCAUCUGAA